AACUUACACACGUGAUUGACUGUAAGUUAUUUACAACAGCAUCUGUGUGCAUGUGUGUGUUCAUAUGCUUCAGCAAUACAGUGCAGACUUUGAUCUUAGGUGGGUUCGAGUCAAAGUCAAAGAAGUUCCCAGUCGCAAGCAAAAGUGUUUGGAUGAUACAUUCUGAGCAAGUAUUAUAGAGUUCCCUCUGAAGUGGCUUUGAAAGCCGUCUGAGGGUUUGCUGUGAUGUUAGUGUCCAGCGUUGUGCACUGCAUUGCAGUUCUGAUUUUCCAGCUGUGGGGAGUACAAACCCUCUCCCCCAUCUCUACCUGUCCAGCCUCCUGCGUAUGUGAAAAGACUUUGCUCGUCAACUGUGCCUCAUUGGGCCUAUCCAAGGCCCCUGCACAUAUCCCAGUAACUGCGACUGCCCUGGAUCUAUCACAUAAUGCCUUGCAUUCUCUGGCUCCUCUUGGGUCAGGCCACAUGCAUUUGCGAGGGCUUCAGCAUUUGUGGGUGGGAAAUAAUUCACUGGAGAGUCUAUCCAUGUGUUCAGGGAUCCAAGGUAUUGUGGGCACAAGGACCCUGACUAGAAGAAAACAGAGAUGUGUGUCCUGGGCACCUGAUCUACAAUCGCUGUCUGCUGACAGAAACCAGCUCAAAUGUCUGCCAAGAGGACUGGGCAAUAUUAAAUCCCUAAAAGUACUCCAGCUCUCCCACAACAGAAUCUCUGAGAUUGGCCCUGCUGACUUGGCUGGUUGUACUCACUUGGGUGAGCUUCACCUUCAACAUAACCUCAUCAACACCAUCCACCCUGAAGCCUUUAAAGACCUGCAAAAACUAAAGGUCCUUGAUGUGAGCUACAACCUGCUGGCCACCAUACCUGUGCCAGCCUACCUGUCUCUACGGAACUUGAAUGUGUUGGUGGACAUUUCUGAAAAUAGGUGGAGGUGUGACUGUAACUUAAAUACAAUAAGAAGGUGGCUCAGCUUUGACAGGGAACUGGGUAAUCCUGCAUGGGAAGUGGUGUGUUUCUCUCCCUCUCAUCAUGCUGGAAAGGACCUGCUGUACCUGGAGGAAUCAGAUCUUGUCUGUCCACAACCUGUAUACAACACACCUGGUGUCAAAAAAGAGGUGACUGUGGAUGAGGGGAUGGAAUUAAUUCUUUCCUGUAGCACUUCCAACCAAGAUUUCAUGCACACUCGUUGGUGGACACCCCAUGGCCAAAUCUCUGACAGCCGACAAUUCCUUCAUAUCAGUAACACCGUAGAGCGUGAUGCAGGACUUUAUGUCUGCGUCUCAGGAUACCAGGAAGAGCACGUGUCAGUUUUCAAUCUACGUGUUCGUGAAAGAGCUCAUGACAGAAGACUGCGACGAGAAGCACAAAUUGGACCGGUUGAGCUUAACGGAGAGGACAACAUACAGAGGAAUGUGCCAGCUGUACGAGCAGUGCAACAAUCGCAGUUUGUAUUAGCUGUCUGCCUGUCUGUCUUGAUCACAUUCAUUGUGGCCUUUGUCCUUGGUGUUAUAUUAAGACCACUUCUGGAAAAAUGCUACAAACGAAUCCGAAAUAAGAGGAAAGCUACUACAUCACCUUCAAACUCGCGGACUUCCACAAAUGGACAGAGGCCAUAUGUGAAUGAAGGCUAUUCGGAUGCAGAUGACCAAGAACAAGAAGUGCAUGAAGGUCCAAGAGUGACAUUUGGUGGCAUUACAGAAAUACAGGAACAAGGGGGUGUUCCAUAUUAUGUCACUGUGGAAGACAGUCCAUCUGGGAGCAAUACAGAUGUUGCAGCAACGUAUGAGAAUGUAAAGAAAAAGGAAUCUUUGACAGAGAAUAUUGAGGUGCACAAAGAAGUGCCACUAACAGAGGAAAACAAAGAAAUGACAAGGCCAAGAUCCACUGAGAGCCUAAAUGCUGAAAGUAGCAAAGGAAUGCAGUAUGAAUAUAUCCCAGACCCAGAAGACACCACAGAAUUAGAGGAGAGGAGUAUUUCACCUGCAUCCUCUCUCUCAGGUGAACAGCAAGGACCCCGGAUGUCUUAUGAGGCAAAAGAUUCAACUGAACAAAGUGUAGAUUCCCCUACAGGCAGCAUAUAUGAAGAAGAAGAUGAACAAGCCAGCAUGGACCAUCAGGCAACAAUACCAGGAUUUAUUACUGAUGCAUUUCCACCGAAGUCUGAAUCGAAGGAAGAGAGUGUGGAUGAACUGGACCCAGAUUUAUGGAAUGACAGUGGAGACAGUUUUUCAUUCACUGAGGGCUCGCCAAGAUCAAGUAGUCGUGUUUCACAUGUUGCUGCUCUUGGUUAUCCACUAACCAAAGAAACGUCUGUAGAUGAACUGUCUGAUAGACCAAGCUCCUGUAACUCAAGUGAAAGUGAAGAAGGACCCACAGAAUACACAGUCAACCCAGAGGAUGAUGAACACUCAGAAACACAAAUUUCCUACUCAGAAAAUGAUGACAUCAACUAUGGUGAAAACAGACUUUCCCCUUUUGAAGAAGAUAUCCUAACUGAAGACCAGAAAACAGGCACAGGUGUUCAGUUCAGACAAGACACUAUUACCCUGGACCCAACAGACAUACACAUGACUUAUACUCGAGGAGACAGUUUUGAUGAUGAGCAGUUUACAGAGUACAAAGAAUGCUCUCAAUCCUCAAAUAUUAGCAGUGAUUAUGAAGGUGAACCUACACAAUACCAUGUGCAUCCUGUUUAUAGGACCAGUCGAAAGACCACCGGUCUGAUGGGGGAAGACAGAUCACGUACCAGUAGCUGUAGUGAAGAAAAUGAAGACAAACAAGGAGACUACCCCAGGAAACUUGAGAUAAGAUUAGAACAUACGGUUCCUAGAGUUGAUGCCACACCAGUCAUAAGCCCAGACAGGCUUCUCAAUAUCGACUAUGACAACUCCUCAAGCAGUACAGAUAAAGAGGACAAGCACAGUAAAGAGAAAGAGAGAGGGAUACUUAAAGGUCUUAGCGGACUAAGUGCACUGAUGUUUAACAGAAGUGGGUCUGAAACAAAUAAGAAAGCUGUCCAGCCAGAACCCAAUACAGCAACCACAAACAGUAAAGGUACUGGUGGCUUCUUGGGCUUUUCUUUCAAAAAACAACCAAUGACGCCUUCAGAAAAUGUCAACCCCACCACAAACGAUGAUAAUUUCUUUGUAACAAUAGGACAAGCCUUUAAUAGACUACCAAAGCUGAAAAAUUCUCUUCUGUUCUCGAUCUCUCCACCUAAACCUCCACAUCAACAGGAGUCUACAUCUGUAAUAGACAGAACAUCUGAGUCAGAGAGGCCCCAUGUGAGUUCAUCUUUUGAUGACAGUAUCUUUGGAAAGAUUGAUCAAAUCUUAGAUCCAAUACCACGAGUAAAGAGAUAUCUUCAUUUCUCACAAAGUAGGUCAUAUCCUCCAAUUCGAGCUCCACCUUAUUCAGCUGCAGAAGAAAUCAUCCCUAAUGAAGUUGUAAAAACUGAAUCAAAGAAAUGCACUUUCUCUUCUGAGGAUGAUGCCAGUGCAACCACAAAAGGAGAUAAUUUCUUUGGUCAGAUAGAUGCAUACUUGGAUGACCUACCCAAAGUAAAACGGUAUGUUCAGUUUUCACCCUCUGAAUCACACCUCUCAAAUCAUUCAACAACUUCAGCAUCAAUUAACCAAGUGGCUAGGCCUGAGGCAGUGUCAAAAACAGAAUCCCCAUCUGACACAAUCAGUAUUUUCUUUGAAGGACAAGGAAUAUCACUACAUGCAGUACCAAAGGUGCAGAGAUAUGUCCAGUUUACACAAUCUGAGCCUCAAACUGUGCUUGAGCUCACUCCAACUCCUAAUGAAGACAGUUUCUUUGGGCAAAUACCUAUAUCAGUUGAUGACCUACCAAAGGUGAAACGGUAUGUUCAGUUUUCACCAUCUGAAUCACAACUCUCAAAUCCUUCAAUACUUUCAGCAUCAAUUAACCAAGUGGCUAGGCCUGAGGCAGUGUCAAAAACAGAAUCCCCAUCUGACACAAUCAGUAUUUACUUUGAAGGACGAAGUAUAUCACUACCUGCAGUACCAAAGGUGCAGAGAUAUGUCCAGUUUACACAAUCUGAGCCUCAAACUGUGCUUGAGCUCACUCCAACUCCUAAUGAAGACAGUUUCUUUGGGCAAAUACCUAUAUCAGUUGAUGACCUACCAAAGGUGAAACGGUAUGUUCAGUUUUCACCAUCUGAAUCACAACUCUCAAAUCCUUCAAUACUUUCAGCAUCAAUUAACCAAGUGGCUAGGCCUGAGGCAGUGUCAAAAACAGAAUCCCCAUCUGACACAAUCAGUAUUUACUUUGAAGGACAAAGUAUAUCACUACCUGCAGUACCAAAGGUGCAGAGAUAUGUCCAGUUUACACAAUCUGAGCCUCAAACUGUGCUUGAGCUCACUCCAACUCCUAAUGAAGACAGUUUCUUUGGGCAAAUACCUAUAUCAGUUGAUGACCUACCAAAGGUGAAACGGUAUGUUCAGUUUUCACCAUCUGAAUCACAACUCUCAAAUCCUUCAAUACUUUCAGCAUCAAUUAACCAAGUGGCUAGGCCUGAGGCAGUGUCAAAAACAGAAUCCCCAUCUGACACAAUCAGUAUUUACUUUGAAGGACGAAGUAUAUCACUACCUGCAGUACCAAAGGUGCAGAGAUAUGUCCAGUUUACACAAUCUGAGCCUCAAACCAUGCAUGAACUCACUCCAGCCAUUAAGGGAGACAGUUUCUUUGGGCAAAUACCUAUAUCAUUUGAUGAAGUGCCAAAAGUAAAGAGACACAUUUUGUUCUCACAAUCGGAAUAUCACCAAACCUCUUCACCAUACCAUCCCUCCAAGAAAAAAUAUCCACUAAUUGAUGAACAAAUAACACAUGAAAUAAAAACAUCUCUAUUAACAGGUAAAGAUCAUGCCAAACCUCACAAUGUUGAAGAUAAUUUCUUUGGACAAAUAGCUGCCUCUCUGGAUAGUGUGCCAAAAGUAAAGAAGUACAUUCAGUUUACACAAUCUGAGGAGCUCUCUGAAACUCUGUCACCAUACUUUCCCUUAAAUAAGACAGUACCAAUCAUGCAAGCAGGCACACAAGUGAAGAGAAAUAAUACACCAUCAAAAGACUGCAAUGCAGUUGUUGAUGAGCACAAUUUCUUUGGACAAAUAGGUGUGAUCUUUGAAGGAAUACCAAAAGUAAGGAGAAGAAUUCAAUUCACAGAACAUUCACCACAGCCUCCUGAUUCACAGCCUCUGUCCCCACUCAAACAACCAGUGACACCUACGGUCACAGCAAAAGGAACAUCACAUUCCAUAUAUGAUGCAAAAUCAAGCCAGAGCAAAACUAAUUUCUUUGAAUUAAUCCAUGUGUCUCUUGAUAAUAUACCAAAGGUGAACAGAUCUCUUCAGUUCACACAGUUUGAAGCUGAACCUUCAAAUCAGUCAAUCCCUUCAUUCUUUGGACAAAUAGAUGUAUCUUUUGAUGAAGUCCCAAAAGUAAAAAGAUACAUUCAGUUCAUAAAAUCGGAACCUCAACCUUCAGCUCAGUCUCCCUCAACAUCUGUAAUUACAGAAAGUGUCACACCAAAGCUACUGACAAAAAUGCAGUCUAUAAGAUCUGAGGCUGAAAUAAGUCCAUCCAUUAAGGGAGAUAAUUUCUUUGUGCAAAUAGGUGCAUCUCUUCAUGGAAUGCCAAAAUUGAAGAGAUACAUUCAGUUCACACAAUCUGAACCUCGCUUACAACUUCCGUUGUCACACUCUUUAACCAACAGGACAGAAAAAAUAAUACAUGCUAGCUCAGAAUUAAAGAUGAAGGCUUUAGCAUCUGAAGAUUACAUCCAACCAGCUGCUGGUGAACACAAUUUCUUUGGACCAAUUGGUGCAUCCACUGAGAUACCAAAAGUGAAAAGAUACAUUCAGUUCUCACAGCGUUCUACUCAGCCUUCAUCUCUGUCUUUACACAGACAAACAGCUACACCAGUUUUGACAAAAACAGAAUUAGGGAGGUCCAGUUCUUCGCCUGUUGAUAGCAAGUCAAAUAAUGAAGACACUUUCUUUCUGAAAAUGGAUGCAUCUGUUAGUGAACUGCCCAAGGUGAAGAGAUACAUUCAGUUCACACAAUUUGAGUGUCAACCUUCAGCUCAGUCACCCUCAUUGCCUGUAAUUACAGAAAGUGUCACACCAAAGCUACUGACAAAAAUGCAGUCUACAAGAUCUGAGGCUGAAAUAAGUCCAACCAUUAAGGGAGAUAAUUUCUUUGUGCAAAUAGGCGCAUCUCUUCAUGGAAUGCCAAAAUUGAAGAGAUACAUUCAGUUCACACAAGCUCAACCUCAUUUACAACCUCCGUUGUCGCACUCUUUAACCAACAGGACAGAAAAAACAAUACAUGCUAGCUCAGAAUUAAAGAUGAAGGCUUUAGGAUCUGAAGAUUACAUCCAACCAGCUGCUGGUGAACACAGUUUCUUUGGACCAAUUGGUGCAUCUACUGAGAUACCAAAAGUGAAAAGAUACAUUCAGUUCUCACAGCGUUCUACUCAGCCUUCAUCUCUGUCUUUACACAGACAAACAGCUACACCAGUUUUGACAAAAACAGAAUUAGGGAGGUCCAGUUCUUCGCCUGUUGAUAGCAAGUCAAAUAAUGAAGACACUUUCUUUCUGAAAAUGGAUGCAUCUGUUAGUGAACUGCCCAAGGUGAAGAGAUACAUUCAGUUCACACAUCAGCAUUCAACUCCACCAAAGUCUUCAAACACCCACAGAGUCACAGAAGAAGUAGCAAAGAAAAGAGAAUUAUGGGGAUCAAAUUUAUCCAUGGUUGAUGUCAAACCUCCUGUAACAGAAGACAAUUUCUUUGGUCAACUAGGAACAAAUCUUAAUUCACUACCAAGGGUCAAUAGAUACAUUCACUUUACACAAGCUGAACCUUAUUCCUCAGGUCAGUCACAAUCUCCAACUGAGAAAAUGACCAAAAAAGAAUGGAAGAGAUUAAGCUCCUCAAUCAAUAAUGAUGCUAAAUCAAGCCCAAAAGACACUUUCCUUGAUGGAAUAUGUGCAUCUCUUGAUAAUAUACCAAAAGUAAAGAAAGCGCUUCUGUUUACACAAUCUGAGUAUCAGAAUUCAAUUCAGACAGAAGUCCCACAAAAUGUCACACCUCGGUCAGUGACAAAAACAGAAUCUGUUAGUUCCAGUUCUUUAUCUGACAAAGAAGUCCUUUCAAAAAAACAAGACAACUUCUUUGGGCAACUUGGUGUAUCCCUUGAUGAAGUGCCCAAGGUAAAGCAAUAUAUAAAAUUUUCACAAGCCGAAGCUUAUCCUCCAACUCGGUCUUCUGUACAUAUCAAAGGAGAUCAGUCUCCAUCACCAUUUUUCAAAACUGAAAUAGUCACACCAGAGUUGGCAACAAAAACAGAGUCUAGUAGCGCUGAUUCUUCAUUUGAGAGAAAACGCAGAACAGUCAUUAAGGAAGACACUUUCCUCGGACAAACAGACACAUACUUUGUUGAAGUCCCAAAAGUAAAAAGAUACAUUCAGUUCAUAAAAUCGGAACCUCAACCUUCAGCUCAGUCACCCUCAACAUCCGUAAUUACAGAAACUGUCACACCAGAAUUCUCAAAAAAAAUGCAGUCUACAAGAUCUGAGGAUAAAGUUAGUCCGACCAUUAUGGGAGCUGAUUUCUUUGGUCAGACGGGUUCAUCAUUUGAUGGAAUGCCAAAGGUGAAAAGAUACAUUCAGUUCACACAAUCUGAACCUCGCUUACAACCUCCGUUGUCGCACUCUUUAACCAACAGGACAGAAAAAAUAAUACAUGCUAGCUCAGAAUUAAAGAUGAAGGCUUUAGGAUCUGAAGAUUACAUCCAACCAGCUGCUGGUGAACACAGUUUCUUUGGACCAAUUGGUGCAUCUACUGAGAUACCAAAAGUGAAAAGAUACAUUCAGUUCUCACAGCUUUCUACUCAGCCUUCAUCUCUGUCUUUACACAGACAAACAGCUACACCAGUUUUGACAAAAACAGAAUUAGGGAGGUCCAGUUCUUCGCCUGUUGAUAGCAAGUCAAAUAAUGAAGACACUUUCUUUCUGAAAAUGGAUGCAUCUGUUAGUGAACUGCCCAAGGUGAAGAGAUACAUUCAGUUUACACAUCAGCAUUCAACUCCACCAAAGUCUUCAAACACCCACAGAGUCACAGAAGAAGUAGCAAAGAAAAGAGAAUUAUGGGGAUCAAAUUUAUCCAUGGUUGAUGUCAAACCUCCUGUAACAGAAGACAAUUUCUUUGGUCAACUAGGAACAAAUCUUAAUUCACUACCAAGGGUCAAUAGAUACAUUCACUUUACACAAGCUGAACCUUAUUCCUCAGGUCAGUCACAAUCUCCAACUGAGAAAAUGACCAAAAAAGAAUGGAAGAGAUUAAGCUCCUCAAUCAAUAAUGACGCAAAAUCUGACAAAGAAGUCCUUUCAAAAAAACAAGACAACUUCUUUGGGCAACUUGGUGUAUCCCUUGAUGAAGUGCCCAAGGUAAAGCAGUAUAUUCAGUUUUCACAAGCCAAAGCUUAUCCUCCAACUCGGUCUUCUGUACAUAUCAAAGGAGAUCAGUCUCCAUCGCCAUUUUUCAAAACUGAAAUAGUCACACCAGAGUUGGCAACAAAAACAGAGUCUAGUAGCGCUGAUUCUUCAUUUGAGAGAAAACGCAGAACAGUCAUUAAGGAAGACACUUUCCUCGGACAAACACACACAUCUUUCGAUGAAGUCCCAAAAGUAAAAAGAUACAUUCAGUUCAUAAAAUCGGAACCUCAACCUUCAGCUCAGUCACCCUCAACAUCCGUAAUUACAGAAAGUGUCACACCAGAAUUCUCAGAAAAAAUGCAGUCUACAAGAUCUGAGGGUAAAGUUAGUCCCAUUAAGGGAGCUGAUUUCUUUGGUCAGACGGGUUCAUCAUUUGAUGGAAUGCCAAAGGUGAAAAGAUACAUUCAGUUCACACAAGCUGAACCUUAUUCCUCAGGUCAGUCACAAUCUCCAACUGAGAAAAUGACCAAAAAAGAAUGGAAGACAUUAAGCUCCUCAAGCAUUAAUGAGGCAAAAUCAAGCACAAAAGACACUUUCUUUGAUGGAGUAUCUCUUGAUAAUAUACCAAAAGUAAAGAAAGCUCUUCAAUUCACACAAUCUGAAAAUCAGAACAUAACAGCAGCAAAUGAUAAAUCCAGUAAUGCUGCUGAUAAUUUAUCUGGAUCAUUAGAUUUAUCUUUUAAUCAACUACCAAAAGUGAAAAGGAAUGUUCAUACUGUGCAAUCACAACCUUACCGGUCAUCUCUGGUGCCAUCAAAGUUUUUAAGUCGCUCAAAUUUGGAAAGCAAACAAAGUUUCCCAUCUGAGGAUGAGUUCAAACUUACUACAAAGGAAAAUUAUUCCUUUGGCCAAAUAGAUGGAGUGCCAAGGCUUAAUAGAUACAUUCAAUUUAGGCAGUCUGAACCUCAGACCCAGACUUUGUCGCCAUCUCUCUCAUCCCAGAAGUGGGAAUCAGUGGAUGUAGGAACAGAAUCAAGGAUGUUAAACCAACUUCCCAAGCCAAGGAGGUCUCCAUUCUCAUCAAACCCAGACGCUUAUGGGCAGCCAGAUCAAGUAUUUAUUCAAGCUGAAGAGGUAUUCAGAAAGACAAGUUCAAAUCCCUCAUCUGGUGACAAGAAAUAUGCAAAUACACAAGGAUCAAGCAGUAGAACAGUGUUGUCUACAACAGAGUAUGAGACCAUAUUAGAAUCAAAGUUGCCCAGUUUGCAUGCCUCGUCCGAAGAAAGGCAAACAAGAAAGCGUCUGGUUAUGGACCCUGCACUUCAGGAUGCAUCCCAAUCUAUCACUGAUACACCUGCAGCUUCUUCAGAAAAAGACAAUGCUAGAGAGUAUCUAAGAGACAGCUUUCUGGCCCGUCAAAGGCAGGAGCGAAGAAGAUUCUUGUUUCAGCAGAAGAGGAGAGCAAUGGAUGGGUUCAGUCUGACCUCUGAGUCUUUCAGCUCUCAGGAAAGUAAUCAGUAGGGAAGCUUAUCAGUUAAUUACGGAGGAAGAGCCCCUUCCUACUGAACACAGGGUGUCUACAGGAAGUAAAAACACUGCAAACUUCAAGGAAGUAGAUGUUUCAGAAUCUGACAGGAGUAUCUCAUCUGUCAGAUCCAACUCAUCAGUACACUGUACAACAUUUGAAGGGGUCUUCAAUAUUUCCUAAACUAUUUAACUAUGUAAAAAGACUGUAUAAUUUUAUACAUUAAUGUACAUGUGUUUAAGUAAAUCACAAGAGAAUACUGAUAUUAGAAACCGAAAAACUUCACUAAUUGAGACUAAAUUGAUAUUUAGUUACUUUUCAUUUACUUCUAGUGAUACACUAAAUAUACAAACAUAUAUACUGACUGCAAAGGGUCUUUCACAUUUAUACAAAUUAAUUUUAGCAUUUAUCUUAUAUCUCUUGUAGUUGUUUCUUUUUAUUCUUGGAUAUUGUUCACAAAAGCACAUUUUAAAACAAAUAAAAAGGAAUGUAUGUAAAGAUUAAAUGUCUAAAGCAACACAUAAUUAAAAUCUAAACA